CCUCGGCGCGCAGCGCGCCCCCCUUCCCAGCCUGACGUCAGCAGCAAGUUAUUUUCAUGAAUGGAGGGGGCGGUCACGAGGAACCGGUGACGUGAGUGCUUGCGGAAGCAGCGCGUGGAAUGUUGCUUCAUUGUUGUUGUUUUGUAGUUAAUUUAGUACGAACGAGGAUACACCGCUGGAAGCUGUGCACCGACUCAGCCGCCUUUAUUGGAAACCUACUCAGCAACUUUCACGGACCCCAGUCCACGCAGACCCGCGUCCACAGAGAGUGUCUUCUGGGAGAUUCUGGUCGGUUUUCUGCAUGCAGGGAAUGACGACUCAUUUCAAGACGAGCAAAGCUUUAAAGGUCAAGAAGGAGACGGGCGAGAAUGCCCCGGCGCUCAGCGACGACGAGCUGGUGGCCAUGUCCGUGCGGGAGCUCAACCAGCACCUGCGAGGGCUGACCAAGGAUGACGUGGUGAGGCUGAAGCAGCGGCGCCGCACCCUCAAGAACCGCGGCUACGCCGCCAGCUGUCGCAUCAAGCGCGUCACCCAGAAGGAGGAGCUGGAGAGACAGAAGAUGGAUCUGCAGCACGAGGUGGACAAGCUGGCGCGCGAGAACGCCAGCAUGAGGCUGGAGCUGGACGCCCUGCGGGCCAAGUACGAGGCCCUGCAGUGCUUCGCCAGGACUGUGACCCGGGGGGCGGUGUCCCCGGGCAAGGUGGCCACCACCAGCGUCAUCACCAUCGUCAAGUCAGCCAACCACAACAGCGCCAGCCCGACCCCGUUCUCAGCUCCUUCCUAGUGCUGACAGGGCUGGGCUCCUCCUCCGCCUGCCUGGUCCUUCCUCCACCUUUGACCUUGAACCCGCUUCCCCCGUACUGAGAGGACGCUCAGUAGUUUGCUGGACUGACGAUUGGAGCGCGGUGGCGAGCUCCAUGUGAUGCUAUGCUGCGUUCACCGUUCUGUCUCCCUACUCCUGUCUCUUCCACGUUGUCUGUGCACUGUUCAAACCCCCACCCCCCCCGACCCCCCGGC